UGUCACCAGGGGCCUCCUGCCACGGAACCUUCAGUGCUGUUUGGACCUAAACACUUAGCUGAAGUCAGUGCUCCGUGGCGAUGCUAGUUGUUUGGUGAGCGACAAACUGCUAUUGAAAGGUCUGAAUUGGCUCAGAGACCUAGAGGUACCUACCCAGGUUAAAAGCUGUGCCCCCUCUGUGACACUCUGAGUCAUCUGUCCCCAAAUCAUGUUCUCAGUAAGGAUCCCCAGGGUGGGGAUCAGCACAAGACCUGCUCGGGAGGCUUCAGCCCCACAGGACAGCAGCCCUCUGGCCUCCACAUCCACCUCCCCAGGGUAUAUUCCUAAGCUGAAGGCCUUGAGGAAGAGGGAUCUGAAGAGGGGCAUGUGGGCUGUCACUAGUAUGGAAGGAACCAAGCUCUGCAUGAAGAAGAGAAGGAGAGCCAAUUUCCGCCCUGAGGAUCAGGAAGCCUUCUACAGACUUCUUGAGGAUCCUGUCAUCCAGAGUUUCUUGGAGGCUGACGUUUUCCUAAGAGUGUCUGAUAAGUAUCUGCUUUCCAUGGUGGUUGAAUAUUUUGGUCGAGUGGGACUCCCAGGAGACUGUUAUAAUAGAAUCCACUUCUUCCUGGCUCUCUAUAUUGCUUGUGACAUGGAGGAAGACAACCCUGUCUCUAAGUGGAGCAUUUUCCCUUUUGUGCUUGGAAAGGAAGACUGGCCCAUCCUCUAUAAAGAAUUCCUGAGGCUACAAGCAGAAUUCUUCCAUGCAAUGGGUGGCAGAGCCUGGGUUACUCCAGAGAUAUGUGAAGAGAUCCAGGCCCAAAAUCCGCUUCACUGGGUCUGGACCCGAGAACGGCACUACCUCCCCUAGGUUCCCAGAGUGGAAUGCUAUGCCUCCUAGGCCAGGGAGGCAGAAGUCACAAGAACAAGGAGCAGGGACCUCCAGAAACCGAGAAAGGACAUGAUGGAGAACCUACCAAAAGAAGUGUUCCAUCGAAAGCAGGUAGAGAAUUAAGUGUCUUAGAACAAGGAGUAGCUGACUAAAAGAGAACAAAGCAAAGGUGAUGGGAGUUCUGGGAAGGGCAAGGAGGAGGAAGAGGUAGAAAUAAGGGAGAAUGUGAACAUAUAUAGUAUGCCUGA